CACUUCUUUCCACCACUUCAUUCCUCUCUGCCUUCUUAAGCAAAAGCUCCACCACAAAAGAGAACUUCGCUUGAGCCUCACAGAUUCAGUGAAGAAGAUGAAGCUUAGGCUUCUGCAUAUAGUGGCCGUAGCACUUCUAGUUCUCUCCCGCUGAUAAAAAGGCUAGCUGUUUCAUCACUUCAUUUCUCUCUGCUUUGCCCUUUAGCAAAAGCUUCACGAAAAAGACAACUUCGCUUCAACCUCACAGAUUCAGUGAAGAAGAUGAAGCUUGGGCUUCUGCAUAUAGCGGCUCUAGUACUACUAGUUCUCUCCCAAUAUGGGGCAGCAGAAAGUACCAAAAAACCAGCUAAAUCCACCUAUAUCAUCCACAUGGACAAGUCCAACAUGCCCACGACAUUUGCUGGUCAUUUAGAAUGGUAUGAUUCUUCGCUGAAAUCGGUAUCGGAUGGAGCAGACAUGCUGUACACCUAUAACAGUGUGCUCCAUGGCUUCUCCGCGAGGCUCACGGCCAAGGAAGCGGAGUUACUUGAGAAGCAACCCGGAAUUCUAUCAGUCCUGCCAGAAGUGAGAUAUGAACUCCACACCACCCGGACGCCGGAGUUUCUCGGACUGGAAAAGAAUGAAGCUCUCUACCCCGAGUCCAACCUGGCAAGUGAGGUGAUCGUGGCUGUGCUUGACACUGGCGCGUGGCCUGAGCUGAAAAGCUACGAUGACGCAGGACUCAGCCCGGUGCCCAGUACCUGGAAAGGUACCUGCGAGGUAGGGAAGACCUUCAAUUCAUCAAGCUGCAAUAAUAAACUCAUUGGCGCGAGGUUCUUCUCAAGAGGGUAUGAAGCAGCACUUGGACCGAUAGAUGAAUCCAAGGAAUCGAGAUCACCCCGAGAUGAUGAUGGGCAUGGGACCCACACCUCUACUACUGCGGCUGGUUCAGUCGUACCCGAGGCCAACCUCUUUGGUUUUGCUUCUGGAAUUGCACGGGGGAUGGCCACAAAAGCCCGUCUGGCCAUCUAUAAAGUGUGUUGGCUAAGUGGAUGCUUUGGAUCAGACAUAAUGGCAGCCAUGGACAAGGCUGUCGAAGAUGGUGUAAACGUAAUAUCCAUGUCCAUUGGGGGAGGAAUAACUGACUACUACAGAGACACCAUCUCCAUGGGAGCUUUCAAUGCAAUGGCACAUGGAAUCCUUGUGUCAUGCUCCGCUGGGAACUCUGGGCCUAGUUCUAUGAGUGUGGCUAACAUAGCUCCGUGGAUAACCACAGUAGGAGCCAGUACUUUGGACCGUGAUUUCCCGGCCUACGUCACUCUUGGAAAUGGCAAGAAGUACAGAGGCGUGUCACUUUACAAUGGGAAGUCAUUAUCUGGUCCAGUUCCGCUGGUGUUUGCAGGUAACGCAAGCAGCUCCUCUAGUGGUGAAGUAUGCUUUACUGGUAGUUUAGUUGCGAGCAAAGUUGCAGGGAAAAUUGUGAUCUGCGACAGAGGAGGGAACUCAAGGGCACAAAAGAGUAUGGUGGUGAAGAAUGCGGGCGGGGUGGGAAUGAUUCUUACCAACACGGAGUCUUAUGGUGAAGAGCUAGUUGCUGAUGCAUAUCUCUUGCCGUCAGCAGCUUUAGGACAAAAAGCAGGGAUUGAGAUAAAGAAGUAUAUCUCCUCAGAUCCGACUCCAACAGCAACCAUUGCUUCGGGAGGCACAGAGCUUGAUGUCCAACCUUCACCAGUUGUAGCAUCAUUCAGUUCCCGUGGUCCUAAUCCACUCAAUCAGCAGAUUCUCAAACCAGACCUCAUAGCACCGGGUGUGAACGUCCUCGCAGGGUGGACAGGCGCUGUGGGCCCAACUGGUCUGGACAAAGAUAAGAGGCAAGUGAAUUUCAACAUUAUCUCAGGCACGUCAAUGUCUUGCCCACAUGUAAGUGGGUUGGCCGCCCUCCUCAAGGCUGCUCACCAGGAUUGGAGCCCUGCGGCCAUCAGAUCAGCACUCAUGACAACAGCCUACACGAAGUACAAAAAUGGUGAAACAAUUAAAGAUGUUGCCACUGGGAGUUCAUCAACCCCUUUCGAUUAUGGAGCUGGACAUGUCGAUCCAAUGGCAGCCCUUGACCCCGGUUUGGUCUAUGAUGCCGCGGUAGAGGACUAUCUCCGCUUCCUCUGUGCUCUAAACUACACCUCAGCCCAGAUCAAGAGCUCCACAAACAGAGACUACUCCUGCGACUCAAGCACGAAGUAUAAUGUGGAAGAUCUUAAUUACCCGUCAUUCGCAGUUCCCUUGGAAUCGGCUUCCAGCAUAUCAGGUGGGGCUGGUGCUUCAAGCACAGUAAAAUACACAAGGACUCUAACAAAUGUUGGUAGUCCUGGUACCUACACGGUGUCCGUUUCUUCACAGAUCCCAUCAGUCAAGAUCUUGGUUGAACCCGAAUCGCUGACUUUUGGCAACAUGGGUGAGAAAAAAAGCUACACAGUCACCUUCACCGCUGGCUCCAUGCCAUCUGGUACAACCAGCUUUGCUAGUCUCAAAUGGUCAGAUGGAAAACACAGUGUUGGAAGUCCAAUUGCCAUCAGCUGGACAUAACCAUCGUUUGAAGACAUGUUACUUGGAUUGUAAUAAAGCACCGAGAAGGGGCAUGUGGAUACGCUCUAUGCAUAGAAGCUAGCAUCAUGUAAGAGAAACAGGCUGGAUAGACUAGAUUGCCACCCUACUCUUGAUAUCAAAAUGUAGGCCAAGGAAAGACUGUAAUUGUACAGAAAGCCAUCGCUUCAAUAUCUAGCACGCUUAAGAUGCCUUUCAAACUUUGAAAACUCGACAUGGUUCUCCGAUAAGUAGAUUAAUGGGAAUUGAAGCGUUUACUUUUCA